AGUUGUUCGUUUUCAUGUAGUUCGAAUGGCUUUGUGAACAUUACUGUGGAGCGUAAACGAAAGUGACUGUGAAGUUUGUGUGUCCGAUGUCUAGACUGUCAGUGGUUUCUACUGAGGUGGAUCCCCCUACUAAGAGGCGCAAAAUUGACUCUAAAUAUACAGCUGUUGUAAAAACUGUUUCAAGUGAUACGAACAUGGCGGUGAACGGAGUUAACGGUGUUGCAGAAAUAGAUGAGGGGCUAUAUUCCAGACAGCUCUAUGUCUUGGGACACGAAGCAAUGCGUCGUAUGGCUACAUCAGACGUUCUCAUUUCAGGACUUGGUGGUUUGGGCGUUGAAAUUGCGAAGAAUGUAAUUUUAGGCGGCGUUAAAUCUGUGACGUUGCAUGACACUGUUGCUUGUGAAAUAGCAGAUUUGAAUUCACAGUUUUACCUUACUGAAGAAGAUAUUGGCAAAAAUAGGGCUGAAGCGUGUCACAGUCAGCUGGCAGCCCUUAAUAACUAUGUUCCUACCAGUGUCCACACAGAUAGCUUGACAGAGAGUUUCAUUAAGCAAUUUAAAGUGGUUGUUUUGACAGAAAGCACGCUAGAAGAGCAGCUGCGAGUUUCAGAAGUCACUCACUCCAAUGAUAUUGCUCUAAUCGUGGCAGAUGUGCGUGGUUUAUUUACACAAGUGUUUUGUGAUUUUGGUGAAAACUUUACAGUCGUUGACGUGAAUGGUGAAAGCCCUGUGUCGGCUAUGAUUGCGAGUAUUUCCAAGGAUGCAGAAGGAUUGGUGGCUUGCGUGGACGACGCACGUCAUGGCUUCGAAGACGGCGACUUCGUGAAGUUCUCGGAGAUCGAAGGUAUGACAGAACUGAAUACUUGUGAACCACGAAAAAUACGUGUCCUUGGACCAUACACUUUCUCAAUUGGUGAUACAAGUAAUUUCAGCGAUUAUAUCCAUGGUGGAAUUGUUACCCAAGUAAAGAUGCCAAAAACUGUGAACUUUAAACCGUUGAAUGAGUCUCUGAAGAGUCCAGAAUUCGUUGUGACAGACUGGGCAAAAUUUGAUCGAGCAAUGCAGAUUCAUUUGGCGUUCUUGGCACUCCAUGAAUUUGUUAAACAACACAAAAAGUUUCCCCGAGCGUGGAACUCGGAGGAUUCUGAAGAAUUUUUAACAUUGGCAGAGAAAAUAAGGGAAGAUAAUGCAAUUGACACUGAAUUGCAAGUUGACAUCCUUUCCUUAUUUUCAAAAAUUUGCAGGGGAGAUGUAGCCCCACUUGAUGCUGCUAUAGGUGGCAUUGUUGCACAGGAAGUCAUGAAAGCAUGCAGUGGAAAAUUUAACCCAAUUUUUCAGUGGUUAUAUUUUGAUGCUGUGGAAUGUUUACCUCUUGAUUUGUCUGACAUGACUGAAGACUGCUGUGCUCCAUUGGGCAGUCGACAUGAUAGACAGAUAGCGGUGUUCGGGAAAGAUUUCCAAGAUCGUUUAGGUAAAUUGAAGUACUUCAUAGUCGGUGCCGGAGCGAUAGGGUGCGAACUGCUGAAAAACUUCGCGAUGAUGGGUGUUGGCACCAAGGAUGAUGGGAAACUUAUAGUUACAGAUAUGGAUUUGAUUGAAAAGUCCAAUCUGAAUAGACAAUUCUUGUUCAGAUCUACAGAUGUGCAAAAACCAAAAUCGGCGGUAGCCGCACGUGCUGUUAAGAUCAUGAAUCCAGCUUUAAAUAUAAUUGCUUAUGAAACAAGGGUUGGUCUUGAAACUGAAAAAAUAUACGACGACAAAUUUUUUGAAGAAUUGGACGGUGUUGCAAAUGCUCUGGAUAAUAUUGAUGCUCGUAUUUAUGUAGAUCGCCGUUGUGUUUACUACAGAAAGCCUCUGCUCGAAUCGGGCACAUUAGGUACUAAGGGUAAUACACAAGUGGUUGUGCCAUUUCUGACAGAAUCAUACAGUUCAUCUCAAGAUCCGCCAGAAAAGAGCAUUCCAAUUUGUACGCUAAAAAAUUUUCCAAAUGCAAUUGAGCAUACAUUACAGUGGGCUCGUGAUGUAUUUGAAGGUCUCUUUUGCCACAGUGCUCAGAAUGCUGCUAAGUAUUUGGAAGAUCCAUCAUUUGCUGAAAAGAUGCUGAAAUUACCAGGUGUUCAGCCAGUAGAGGUAUUGGAGUCGGUAAAACAAGCUCUUGUUGAUCAGCGCCCUUUUAGUUUUGAAGACUGUGUAAAGUGGGCCAGAUGCCAUUGGCAGGAGCAGUACAACAAUCAAAUACGCCAGCUACUCUUCAAUUUUCCACCAGAUCAGUUGACCUCCACUGGACAACCAUUCUGGUCUGGACCUAAACGUCGGCCAGAACCUUUAGAAUUUUCUGUUGAUGAUCCAUUACAUUUGGAUUAUAUUAUUGCUGCCGCUAAUCUGAAAGCUGAAGUGUAUGGUAUACCUCAAAACAGAGAUCGUGGAGCUAUAGCAAGUAUUGUGGAGACUGUAGAGGUACCUGAAUUUGUUCCAAAGUCUGGGGUUAAAAUAGCUGUAAAUGAUUCUCAGGUUCUGUUAGCAGAGGCUUCUGGUAAUGGGGCUGUUGAUCAUGAUCGAGUUAACUCUUUGAUGAAGGCACUGCCAACUUGGGAGAAUCUUGAAGAACUUACUAUAAAGCCACUAGAGUUUGAAAAGGAUGAUGACACCAAUUUCCACAUGGACUUUAUUGUGGCAGCUUCAAAUCUUAGGGCUCUAAACUACAGAAUUCCGCUUGCUGAUCGCCAUAAAAGCAAGCUCAUAGCAGGCAAAAUAAUUCCUGCCAUUGCCACUACUACUUCAGUUGUGGCUGGUUUUAUUUGUCUUGAACUAUACAAACUGACCCAGGGUUUCAAAGUAUUAAAUCGCUACAAAAAUGGAUUUAUUAAUUUGGCUUUGCCCCUCUUUGCAUUUUCAGAGCCUAUUGCUGCACCAACAAUGAAAUAUUAUGAUAAUGAAUGGAGUCUGUGGGAUCGUUUUGAAGUUUCCGGUGAACUAACCCUUCAAGAAUUUCUUAAUUACUUUAAAGAGAACCAUAAGUUGGAAAUUACAAUGCUAUCUCAAGGAGUCUGUAUGUUGUAUUCAUUCUUUAUGCCAAAAGCAAAAGCUUUAGAGCGAAUGUCUCUUCCUAUGUCAGAAAUUGUUAAAAAGGUGUCGAAGAAGAAGUUGGAACCCCAUGUUAGGGCUUUGGUUUUCGAGUUGUGCUGCAAUGAUGAUGAGGGUAAUGACAUUGAGGUACCAUAUGUUCGGUACACUCUCCCAUGACGGCAUUAAUUCAGUGUCAUGCUUUACAGUAUUAAAAUUUUAAGCCCUCCUCUAAUUUUAUAUGCUUAUUGUGCUCUGAAGUUCAUGCAGUUAUUGUUCAGGGGGGUUUCCCAUAAGGGGAACAGUUUCGUUGUUAAUCCUUAUGAAAUUUUAUGUCAUCUUUGUGUUUCUUGGCAAUGUCUGUAGGUUUUUGUUAAUACGGUGAGUGAGUGACUGUGUGUGUGUGUGUGUGUGUGUGUGUGUGUGUGUGUGUGUGUGUGUGUGUUUUAGAAUUUUUAAUUUAUUGCCACCAUAUCUUUUAUCAGAACAGUUUCUAGUCUUGAUCUCAGUAUUGAAAUUUUAAGAUAAACAUCCAGUUUUAUAAGUCCAAAGGACAAAAUAUUAUGGAAGUGAAGUACUUACUUUUUUAUGUUUUGUAGUUUCUUGCUAUGUUUAAUUAUGUGGUGAUAUUUUUAAUGUUUAAUUAAAUUUCAUGCAAAACUUGCUACUUAUAUCCUGCAAGGUUAAGGGAUUAGCCCUUUAUUGUAUAUUGUGCAUCAGUAUUUAAUAUUUUGUGAUAUUGUCUUCCUAGACUAGGCCUAUGUAACUGCAAUGCUGAAAUAUUAAUUUUGGUUUAACGUUUAGAUUUGUUUUACCGUCUUCAGUGGAAAUAAUGCUUAGCUUAUACAUUUUGGUUGUAAUUUGUUGGAAGGCUUUUGAUCUCUACAUGCUUCACUUCAAAAUUGUGGUGCUCAUAUCUUAAGACAUCCUAUUCAUAUUUAUUUUUCUGUUAAGAUUAUCACAUAUUUUUAAAUACUUCAAAUUCUGAAGUGUAGUACAAAUGUGAAAGUCUGAAACAGUUCUGAAAGAUACAUUACCACUUGUAUACAUUGUUGACCACCCACAACUGCAGUAUUAUGUGGUAUUGUUGCUGGAGCAAUUUUAUUUAUCUAAAGAUUUAAAUAGCUAGUCAAGUCUUGCAGUGUUUCUCAUUCCUAGGAUACUGUACUCAGUGCUGUAUUUAAAAUGCUCAUUUUUAACAAAACAUUUGAUAUCUUAGUACUUGUGAAACUACAAAGUUGAAUGGCACAAUUUUUCACUAAUGCAUUUUUGAAGCUUGCUAAUGUGUGUACAUCAACAUACUCUUCAGAAGUGAUAAAAAAAAUACAAAAGUUCUCAUGUAAUAUAGUUUCUUACACUCCACACUGGUGUGCAGUUGUAAAAUACUGCCUCUAUUUUGUUAAUGAUUGAAAGAUACCAAGUGCUUUGCAAAUGACGUAUGCAGAUAUUUUCUGUGUAGAGUCCAGCUGUUUCAUGGCCUUCAGUUUAAUGCCUACAUUGGAAUGAAAAUUCUUGAAAAUCUUCAGCACUGUAUGUAAUGAGAACCUUGGUAUAUAAGCUUAGAUACUGAAUAAAUAGAUUCAUUGGAUCAAGCAAAUGAUCAGUUCAGUUGAAAUCAGAUGAUUGGUAAUAUAGGGAAACUUUGAGAUAACAUUUUACAUAAUGUGUUGAAUAUUUAGAUGUGGUGAUGCAUAUUAUUUUCAUACAGAAAUGUAUAAAUUGUGAAAUUUCUAAAGGCUAUACUUGAAUAACUGCUGACUUGUGAAGAGCAUCAUUUUUGUCAAUAACAGAACAUAUUUUAAAUGCAAUUUUGCAUAUUGUGCAGUACUUUCUGGCUGGGAUUUUUAUUUAGGCACAGUGUUAGGAAAAAUAUAUUUUCAUGAAAUUCAUUUUUUCUUUUUUAAUUAUAAUAGCACUGAAACUUAAUGAAGUUUGAUUACAGAAUGAAACAUUCACUCUGGAAGCAUCACAUAGUGCUAAAUUACCUAUGUGAGAAAGGGUCAAAAACUAAAAUUUUUUGGCAUAUGUGGGAGACUGACGGUUCGCUGGGCUUAUUGAUAGUGCACAUAUUCAACUGCCUGUGAUGAUGCCAUUCCUAAUAUAUGUGCAUUUUCAAAAUGUGCAGCUGUUGCAUACAGUUUUUGUAUCACUGCAACACUGUUUUAGAAGUUUUAAAGCAUCUCUUUCUGUGUGCAUUUUGUAUUAAUAUUGUUUUUUAUUUUUUAUCAGUCUUGUUGAAUAUCUGUGCUGUGUCCAUAUUUUUUUUAUUUGACAUGGUAGUGUGUUCUGUGAGCAAAUUGUUUAGUGCUCUAUGAGAACAGCAUAGGAAUAUUGAAUGUAAUGUUUAUGCUCACAUAAAUUUUGUUUUUAAUGGGGAUGCAUUUUUGUUGUCAGUCCUGGCUUUGUAUAUCAAAGAAGUAUGUGUAAUGUGUCCUUAGAAUUGGGUAAAAUGGUAUCUGUACUACCUUUUUGAACUGUGUGUUUCACAUGUAGACAGAAUUGUGCAUCUGAUUGUCCUGCAUGAUUUACUGUAUUGGGUGCACUAAAAUAAAUCUUAUUUAAUCAUUUA